AUGCCUCCUACACGGACUCACAAAAAGAAUAACAGUGGCUCUCCGAUUCAGCAAAAGCAACAGACAAAGUCCAAGAUAGAAAUAGACGAUCGGGAAGAAGAUGAUGAUAUAGAAUCGAGGGAACACAGUCUAGACAGUAGCCCAUCACGAGAUGAAACCCCAAUAAUACCAAGACAGGGAAAGAAAAGGACUGCUGAAGACCAAGGGGAGUUCAACAAUGAAAUGCAAAAGAUGCUGGAAUGUUUUGGAGCUGACAUCACAAAGACAUUAGUCAAUAAAAGAAAGCGUCUUGAGCAAUUUACACAAAAUUCACUGAAGGCCAGUAAUAAAAAAGUUGAAGAAAUUUGGAAAAUGCAACAACUUGAAAGAGGGAAGCUGCACACCGAGUACUGUAGACAAAUAAAUACUGUUUUCAACCAAUGGGAAGCUGAUCUUGAGAAGACAAAAGAGCAAGAGGAAAAACUUGUGGCACUUUUCAAGCAGCAACAGAAGCUUUUCCAGCAAGCUAGAGUGGUCCAAAGUCAAAGAUUGAAGACUGUCAGACAGCUCCAUGAACAGUAUACAAAGGGGAUGGAGGAUCUUGGAACAUGCCACAACUCUCAGCAAUCAACUGUUCAAUCAGAAUUGAAGAAGGAGAUGACACUUUUGCAGAAGAAAAUUCUGAUGGAUACUCAACAGCAGGAAAUGGCCAAUGUGAGGAAAUCUCUACAGACAAUGUUGUUUUAA